ACGGGUUAGUCUCACUCAAACUCUCGCUUUCGUUGAUCCAGUUCGAAUAUCAAAAAAAAAAUAUAUAUAUAUAAAUAUAUUGAAAAUGUUCAAGUUCCUACCUUUGUUCGUCCUGGCUGUGCUGGCCGUCGCCCAGGCCUUGCCCGUUUCCGAGAAAGAGGAAGUCGUGCCCAUUCUGAACUCGGAGGUCAGCAAAAGCGAGGAUGGUUCCUAUAGGUCCUCCUACGAGUCUGGCGAUGGCACCAAGCGCGAAGAGGAGGCUCACCUGGUGAAUGCCGGCACCGACGACGAGGCACUCGAAGUCAAGGGCUCCUACAAAUACCUGAAUGAAUUCGGCGAAACCGUUGAGGUCUUCUACACAGCGGGUGUGAAUGGCUUUGUGCCCUAUGGCUCCAUCAUUAAUCCCGAUAUCACGGCAGUGGCUGAGGCAGCCAAGGAUUUGCCCAACGACGUCGACUCUGAAUUGGAGUCGAAGGUGAAAUAUAGUCAGUGAAAUAGUUAUGUAACAUAAUGAAGAUGCCAAUAAAAUUUAACACGAAAAA